AUGCCAAUUGUACAACCGUUUGAAUUGCCAUGUGGACUCAAAUUAUCUAAUAGAAUUGUCAAAGCAUCAAUGGUCGAAAUGCUCGGCAGUGGAUCAUUUGGUCUUAUAUUAACUGGUAAUGUUCAAAUUGAUGAACGUUAUCCAGGUCUCAUGGCAGACAUGAUGAUUCCAAGUAAAGAUAAAAUUGACAUUGAAAAAUGGAAAAGAUAUGCAAAUGUUUGUCAAAGUCAUGGUACACCAGCUAUUGUUCAAAUUAAUCAUGCAGGACGUCAAUCGCCUUCGGGCAAAAGACCUUUUAGAGAACCUCCUAUUGCUCCUAGUCCGAUUCCAUUAUCUAUUGGUAAUAAUAUCUUUGCUCGAACUUUACGACGUCUAGUUAUCAGUACACCUCAUGAAAUGACUCGAGCUCAAAUCGAUGAAGCCGUCACGAAAUCUGUUGAAGCGGCGGAAAUCAUGGUUAAAUCAGAUUUUGCUGGUGUAGAACUUCAUGGUAGUCAUGGUUAUUUGAUUAGUAGUUUCCUAUCACCAAAAACAAAGAAACGAAACGAUGAAUAUGGAGCAACAUCAAAGGAUCGAAUGACGUUUUUAUUUCGAAUCAUUGAUGCUAUUAGAGCAAUCGUUCCUCAAACAUUUGCUGCUGGUGUUAAACUCAAUUCAGCUGAUUUUAGUACUGGUGCAUUAACAGAAGAAGAAGCACACGAUCAAAUUCGAUGGAUUGACGAACAUGGUGAUAUUGAUUUUAUUGAAAUUUCGGGCGGUACUUAUGAAGGUUUUGCUAUGACUGGAUCCGAACGAACUAAAAGACGAGAAGCUUACUUUAUCGAAUUUGCUGCUAAAGUUCGUAAAACUACAAAGAUUCCUUUAAUAGUUACUGGUGGAUUUCGUACUCGUGAAGGUAUGAAUGAUGCGAUUCGUUCUGAUGCAUGUGACAUAGUUGCUAUCGCUCGACCUGUUUGUAUUGAAUUUAAUUUACCACAAAUUUUACUCGAUCAAAAUAUUGCUGAUGAAGAUGCACGAGCAUUACAAUAUGAUAUUCGAGGAAUGUCAUCAACGAAUUUUAAUCGUUUAAAAUAA